AUUCGAACGGAUAAUCUCAAGACAAGCAAUGGCAGCUAAGUUGGUUGUAGUACUCGCCCUGGUGGCCGUGGCCCGCUGCUCAGUGGUGCCAGUAGCGCGAGCAGACGCCGACUACACGAGCUUCGCGUACGACGUGGCGGACCCCUACACCGGUGACUUCAAGAGCCAGGUCGAGACCCGCGUCGGUGGAAACGUUCAAGGACAGUACUCGCUCCUCGAGUCUGACGGUACCAAGCGUACUGUAGACUACGCUGCUGAUGAUGUCAACGGAUUCAACGCUGUCGUACGCAAAGAUCCCGCUGUUGUUGCCACACCAGUGGUUGCUGCUGCUCCUGCCGUAGCUGCAGUUGCUCCCGCCGUUGUUGCCGCCCGCACUUUCGCCUCUCCAGCACUGAUCGCUGCCCGUACUUAUGCGUCUCCUGCUGUCUAUUCCGCUGGCGUGCACGGUGUGGUCGCAGCUCCCACUGUUUACUCCGCUGGUCACUCAAUCGUAUCUCCCCUUUCUUACUCUGCCCCCCUUCACUACUUCUAAUUCUAAAGACCCUGUUAAAACGACGAUUACUCUUUAUGUAAAUAUUAUGUAUUUAAAAUAAUAAAUAUACGUUGAAAAUUCUAAA